UCUGAGUGCUCUCUUUCUUUGUUUCUUCCUUCUGAGGGAGCAGGAGAGGAGAGGAGAGGAGAGGAGAGAUGGGGAGAGCUCCGUGCUGCGACAAGGCGAACGUGAAGAGGGGCCCGUGGUCACCGGAGGAAGAUGCGACCCUCAAGAUCUACAUCGAGAAGCAUGGAACUGGCGGAAACUGGAUCGCUUUGCCCCAGAAAGCAGGCCUCAAGCGUUGCGGCAAGAGCUGCAGGUUAAGGUGGCUCAAUUACCUCCGGCCGGACAUUAAGCAUGGGGCCUUCACGGAGGAAGAGGAUACCAUCAUUUGCACUCUUCACAAUAGAAUUGGAAGCAGGUGGUCUAUAAUUGCUUCCCAGAUGCCUGGAAGAACUGACAAUGAUGUGAAGAACUACUGGAACACCAAGCUGAAGAAGAAGCUGAUGCUAAGGCAUGCCAACCUCUCCGUCACCAACCGCAUUCUUCAUAGCCCGCCGCCGACUUCGCCACCUCCUAUCCUUCCUACGGUCAAAACUGAGGUUUUCAGCAACACCGAUUUCGAUUUCCCAACUGUGCCUCUUCAUCCCGACUAUGGCAUCACCACCGACCAAUCCCAGAAGCUGUACUCGGACGUCAUGCCGUACGCCCACGCGAACGGGCAGGUGGUGUCCCCAUCGGAGGAAGUCUCGGCAACUUCGUCAUCCAUCACCGUGGAAACCGGCAGCAGCCACAGCUUCUUGAACUGGUGUACCGCCGGAGUUGGUUCCAACGACUUGUUCCUCUCGGCGCUAGGGUUUGGAGGCGCCGGCGACUUCCUCGGGGGCUAUGAGUGCCAGGAGAACCUCUGCUUCCCCAACCCGUCCAUCAUGUGGGCUGCUUCCGAGACCGAUGCACAGGGGCUGCACCAAAGUCCCACAUACUCAUAGCAAAGCCACGCACCACAGGAAGAUUUAGCCAGGAAGCAUAGUAGAACUGACAAGAACGUAGACUAUUAGUUGGAAGUCCGAUCGAUUGCUUUUUCUUCUCCGUUUGUCCUUGAAUUUGGGUGAUGGAUUGGGUGGUGUACUGGAAAACCUCACUGUAAAUGACCAUAGAACUUGAGAUCUAACUAAUGCUAAUGAACGGUAAUACAUCCGUGUCAAGUGCUGGUGAUCGUCGUGGCCGAUGAUGAUUAGAAUGGGGGUGAGACUUGGUCCAAGCUUCGGUCUUCGGAGCCUGGCAAUGGAAAGCAAAUGACUGUGGCUAUGGUCAGCAAGGGCAUGCUUUUUCCCUCCCCUGACCUACUCCUCAGAGGCCACGAAAACUGCAUGGGUGGUGGAAUGGCAGUUUCAAAGCUGAGGUAAAGAAAGUUAAGGUAGCCAUCAGGCCUUUUCAUACUGCCUUUUUCCUCCCCAUGGCAUGGCCACUCGCUAUUUUGUUCAGCCAAUGCUUAGAUAGGCCCCAAAACGUGUACUUUUUUGUUCAUCAUAUAAAAAUACUGGGGGUCUUCUUCUCUCUUUCA